UUUAAAAAUCUUUUCAAAGUUGUAACCUUUCGAAUCUUCUGAAGAAACCCAUGUCCAUGAAUGGUCAGAGAAGCUCUUCAAUUUCUUUCUCGCCUGAGAAAAUCCUCGAAUCUCCCAGACCCAUUCACCUGCAACAAGCAUAUUCAUCAGCUAAUCAAUUCCAAUUGCGGCAUUCUAUCUCUCAAAUUCUUAGCUUACUUAGUCUCCAGAGGUUACACUCCUCAUCGUUCUUCAUUCAAUUCGGUCGUAUCGUUUGUUUGUAAACUAGGGCAAGUUAAAUUCGCUGAAGAUAUCGUUCACUCGAUGCCUAGAUUCGGGUGUGAACCAGAUGUUAUAUCUUAUAACUCUCUCAUUGAUGGGCAUUGUAGAAAUGGAGAUAUCAGAAGUGCUAGUUUGGUUUUAGAGAGUUUAAGAGCCUCUCAUGGGUUUAUCUGCAAGCCUGACAUAGUUAGUUUUAAUUCUCUGUUUAAUGGGUUUAGCAAGAUGAAGAUGUUAGAUGAGGUUUUUGUGUAUAUGGGUGUUAUGUUGAAGUGUUGUUCGCCGAAUGUUGUUACUUAUAGUACUUGGAUCGACACGUUCUGCAAAUCCGGGGAGUUGCAGUUGGCGUUGAAGAGUUUUCACUCUAUGAAGAGAGAUGCUUUAUCUCCAAAUGUGGUUACUUUCACUUGUUUGAUUGAUGGGUACUGUAAAGCUGGUGACUUGGAGGUUGCGGUUUCGUUAUACAAAGAAAUGAGACGCGUUCGGAUGUCUUUGAAUGUUGUUACUUAUACUGCUUUGAUAGAUGGUUUCUGCAAGAAGGGGGAAAUGCAGAGAGCUGAGGAAAUGUAUUCAAGGAUGGUCGAGGAUAGAGUUGAGCCAAACUCUCUUGUAUACACUACGAUUAUCGAUGGUUUUUUUCAGAGAGGAGAUUCGGAUAAUGCCAUGAAGUUUCUGGCCAAAAUGCUCAAUCAAGGGAUGAGACUUGAUAUAACAGCUUACGGCGUAAUCAUAUCAGGCCUUUGUGGUAAUGGUAAACUAAAGGAGGCAACUGAGAUUGUAGAAGAUAUGGAGAAAAGUGAUUUAGUUCCUGAUAUGGUGAUUUUUACUACAAUGAUGAAUGCAUAUUUUAAAUCCGGACGCAUGAAGGCUGCGGUUAACAUGUACCACAAAUUAAUUGAGAGAGGCUUUGAGCCCGAUGUUGUAGCUCUUUCGACUAUGAUCGAUGGGAUUGCGAAGAAUGGACAACUACAUGAAGCUAUAGUUUAUUUCUGUAUAGAGAAAGCUAAUGAUGUUAUGUACACUGUGCUUAUUGAUGCUUUGUGCAAAGAAGGAGACUUUAUAGAAGUUGAGAGAUUGUUUAGUAAAAUCUCAGAGGCUGGACUUGUUCCAGAUAAGUUCAUGUACACUUCUUGGAUAGCUGGUUUGUGUAAGCAAGGGAAUUUGGUGGAUGCGUUUAAGUUAAAAACCAGAAUGGUUCAGGAAGGUCUUUUGCUUGAUUUGUUAGCCUAUACUACAUUGAUUUACGGGCUAGCUAGCAAGGGUUUGAUGGUUGAGGCAAGACAAGUUUUCGAUGAAAUGUUGAAUAGCGGAAUAAGUCCUGAUUCGGCUGUUUUUGAUCUCUUGAUUAGAGCUUAUGAAAAGGAGGGAAACAUGGCCGCUGCUUCGGAUUUGCUUCUUGAUAUGCAGAGAAGGGGGCUUGUAACAGCAGUAAGUGAUGCGGAUUGCAGCAAACAGUGUGGCAAUGAAGUGAACUGUUCGUGA